UUGGAGAGAAAACGGAGAAAAUCGAGGAGGGAGCUAGGUUGUGAGGUACUUGAGAACUGGGAGACAGGCGACCUGGUGAUUUCCGGUUCGGGGGAUUCCUGAGGGAAGGAACUAAGAGCAGCAGAGGCGUCAACAUCGACGGGACAGAGUUGAGCUAAGAAAAUUGUUAGAGUUGAUGGUCAAUAAGUUUAGAGGUUUAAGUCUUGGAACUUUGAAUUAAGUGUUAUUGGUAGAAGUUGCAUUUAAGCGUUUAAAGUUAUAAAAAUUCAGAAAAUAACUUAAAGGGAGAAAAUUUGAAGAUUAAAGCUGAGGAGAGAAAUGAAAUUUAGUUCCCCUUCAUUGAUCAUUUUAAAUGACAUGGGUUGUGAUUACUUAGGGCGUCCAGGUCUAUUGAGUUGCAUGUUAGUGGGUUAUGAGCUUGAAUUUUUUUCAAAUGGACUGUCUGAUUAGCUAAGAAGAUAAAACGAAGAAAAAAAGAGUUAAAAAAAUUGGAAAAAAAAAUGAAAAGGAAUUUGUAAAAGAGAUGAAAAGGAAAGGAUGAGAUUCAUAAAAAGAAAAGGGAAACAUAUUUAAAUUCUAAAAUCCAAAAUUGAAGAAAAGAUUUAAAGAAAAAUAGAAAAGUAAAAAUAUAAAAAGAAAAAAAAAUUGUUUGACUCAUUGGUUUGUUUUCUUUUGUGGUUUUUGUUUGUGCCUUCUAAUUAAAAUAACCCCAAAGUUAAAGUGUAGGAACCUUGUUUCAUGGAGGUUGUGGGAUGUGCUUAUGAUGUUCUCAUACCUAACUAAACCUGCCAAACUCAGUCAAUCUGUGUAGGCCAAGGUGACCUAUCCGGCCUCAAUUUGGGUGCUACUCCAUUUUUUGGCCAACAUCAACAAGGUUGGAGUUCUAUUAAACUAGAAUUACCAAGUCUGGUGAACUCAAUUGCUAUCUUUCUCAACCUCAGCUGGAGUUUAGAUUCAAUCUCUCUUCAGCCUAGAGAUGGCUCCUCCAUGCAAAGUUCUGAUGGUGGCAGAGAAACCGAGCAUUGCCUUGUCUAUUGCUUCUGUGCUCUCCCAUGGCCAAAUGUCUACACGGAGGGGUGUCACAGAGGUGCAUGAGUUUGAUAUAAUGUUUCUUGGAUUUCAUGCACAUUGUAGAGUGACAUCAGUCAUUGGACAUGUAUUCAGUGUGGAUUUCCCUGCAUCUUAUCAAGAUUGGACAGCCACUGAUCCUCUGAAUCUUUUUCAAGCUCCAAUUCUCAAGACAGAAUCAAACCCAAAGGCUCAUAUUCAAAGGCAUUUAAGUCAAGAAUCACGUGGCUGUGGUUAUUUGGUGUUAUGGUUGGAUUGUGAUCGUGAAGGAGAAAAUAUAUGUUUUGAAGUUAUUGAGUGCACUGGCUUCCAUGUGAAAGAGGCAAAGGAAAGGGUUUAUCGUGCUCGAUUUUCUUCUGUGACUGAGAAAGACAUCUUGAAGGCCAUGGAUAACCUUGUGGAACCAAACAAAGAUGAGGCAUUGGCUGUGGAUGCUCGACAAGAGAUAGAUUUGAAAGUUGGUGUUGCAUUUACAAGAUUUCAGACUAGCUAUUUUCAGGGAAAAUAUGGGAAUCUUGAUUCCAGAGUUAUCUCGUAUGGCCCAUGUCAAACCCCUACUCUUGGAUUUUGUGUACAGCGCUAUUUGCAAAUAACAACUUUUAAGCAGGAAAAGUUUUGGACAGUGCAUCCUUACAUUAUAAAGAAUGGCUAUGAUCUUCAACUAGAAUGGGAACGUCAAAUGUUGUUUGACCUGAAUGUUGCUACAAUGUUCCAAAAGUUGGUAAUGGAGGAUGGACUUUUAGAAGUAAUUGAUAUAUCAGAAAAGCAGGAAAGUAAAGGUCGUCCUUGUGGUCUCAACACAGUGAAUCUUUUAAAGGUAGCUUCAAGUGCAUUAGGCUUUGGACCUCAAGUUGCCAUGCAACUAGCUGAGCGCUUGUACACUCAAGGGUUUAUAAGCUAUCCACGCACAGAGAGUACAGCAUAUCCUUCCUCAUUUGACUUUAAAGUCACACUUAAUGAGCAAAUAAGUAAUCCACUUUGGGGUGAUCAUGUGCAAAGAUUGCUUGUUGAAGGUUAUCAGAAGCCACGUAUGGGGACAGAUGCAGGUGACCACCCUCCUAUUACUCCAAUGCAAUCAGCAACUGAGGACAUGUUAGCAAAAGAUGCUUGGAGAUUAUACCAGUAUGUCUGUCAACAUUUUAUUGCAUCUAUCUCUCCUGACUGCAAGUUCGUGAGGAAAAAGGUGCAGUUUAAAGUUGGUGGAGAAUGCUUCCAUUGUGUUGGGCAGCAUGUUACACUUGAAGGCUUCACAUCUAUUAUGCCAUGGUUGGCUGUAAAUGAGAAGCGUCUUCCACAGUUUACAAUAGGGGAGAAAAUUGAAGUUUCAAAUGUAGAAUUAUAUGAGGGAAAUACUGAACCUCCUGAUUAUCUUACUGAGAGUGAGCUGAUUUCCCUGAUGGAGAAAAAUGGAAUAGGCACAGAUGCAUCAAUACCUGUGCAUAUUAACAACAUAUGUGAGCGGAACUAUGUGCAGGUGCAAUCUGGCAGGAAGUUGGUGCCAACUGCUUUAGGUAUUGCACUGAUAAGAGGUUAUCAAUAUAUUGAUCCAGAUCUUUGUUUGCCAGAAAUACGCAGUUUCAUUGAGCAUCAGAUUACUUUGGUUGCUAAGGGUCAGGCAGAUCAUGUUCGAGUCGUUCAGCACGUGCUCCAACAAUUCAAGAACAAAUAUAGUUAUUUUGUUAAGCAGAUUGAAAACAUGGAUGUCUUGUUUGAAGCUCAAUUUUCUACACUUGCUGACUCGGGAAGGGUUUUUAGUAAAUGUGGGAAAUGCCUGCGGUACUUGAAAUACAUUUCUGCACGACCAUCACGUUUAUAUUGUGGUACAUGUGAGGAGGUUUAUUAUCUUCCUCAGAAGGGUACAAUCAAGUUGUUCAAGGAACUUACAUGUCCUCUGGAUAACUUUGAGCUGUUGAUCAUCUCUAUGCCUGGUCCAGAAGGCAAGUCAUUUCCUCUGUGUCCGUAUUGCUAUAAUAGUCCUCCCUUUGAAGGUAUAGACACUCUCUUUGGUGGCACGCAGAGUGGCAGUUCUGUGAAGCCUGGGAAGGGCGCUGGAAUGCCAUGCUCCCUCUGCCCACAUCCCACAUGCCGACAUUCUCUAGUAACACAAGGAGUCUGUGCUUGUCCAGAAUGCAGUGGGACACUUGUUUUAGAUCCUGUAAGUGCUCCCAAGUGGAGACUUAAUUGCAAUAAGUGCAAUUGCUUUGUCAUGCUCCCCCAAGGUGCUCACAGGAUAGCCACUACCCAGGAACGGUGUUCUGAAUGUGACUCAGCAAUCAUACAGGUAGACUUCAAUAAGAAAACAACGCCAUUGGAAGAUGGGGCUACCUUGUAUGUUGGUUGCAUUCUUUGCGAUGAGUUGCUUCAUUCACUUGUGGAGGUGAAGCAUGGCAAAUCAUUUUUCAAAGGCUUGGGUACAAGGGGAAGGGGAAGAGGAACUAGGAGAGGUGGUUUUAGGGGAAGAGAAUUGCCUAGUGGAAAAAGAAUCGACCCUAAAAUGAGUUUUCGAGAUUUUUGAACAGUAUUUAAAGUAUCUCUUGGUAGCCAUGAGCUAAGGGUGUAGUUGUUUUAUUUUGAAAGACCUCCAGUCCAAACAUGGAGAGGACUAUUUGAGUAAAUUAAAGCUAGUAAAAUAGAGUGUCGUUUCUUGUCUCUUUAGAGCUUAAUUCAAAUUUCAAUCUUUCCCUACACUAGUACUGUAUAAUUCCCCUUUUGUAAAAUGUAAGAAUCAUUUCUGGUUGUGGAAACUGAGAUGGACCACUAAUUCACAUAAGAAUGGAUUAAUGACAGACAAUUUUAUUGGAAUGUGAUGGGACAAAUAAUAUUUUGGACUUUAU